GGCACGGCGGGCGGUAGCACAAUCCAAUCCAACAGCUCAAUCUGAAUCCCCAUCCACUCUCCUCUUCCGCGAUGAGGAAGGCGGGGACGCGCCGGAGCCUUGAGGAGCGCGCGGACGGUGCCGGAGCUACAGGAGGAUGCCGCGGCCCUCGCCGUGUAUCGCGCCGCCGGAUGAGGGCGCUGCAGUGGCGUUGGACGGGUCGUCCGCCUCUGUAGGGCUAGGUCUCCUAUCUCGACCCUGCCAAGAUCGACAAGGAUGUGGCAUGAUGCUGUGUGAGGUAGGAGUGGAUCAUCUAAGUGCACCUGGAAUCGCAACUAAUGGUGCGCUUUACUUCUCCACAUGGUUUGGGUGCAUGUACCAUGUUGUUAGAGCAUCCAUGACGCAAGGCGCUUACCUAGGCGCUGAAGUAAUUAGUAGUAUAAAUAGAACAAAAUCAAUUAUGUAGCAAAUUACGUAUCACUGCAGCGCUGGGCUCUUAUUUGCGGUGCUAAUUCCGCCUAUCCUUCCACACCACAAGCCAGGGAAAGCACCCGUCAAAAAAAAAAAAAAAAAAAAACAAGCCAGGGAAAGCAAGAUAGCGUCGGUGCCAUCUUUUUGCAUCAAUCGGGAUUGAAGGCAUCAACCGCCAAUCAUCCAAGAUUCUGAUCACCCUUUUUAGCACCGUGUUGCGGCUGCUCUUAGAGGCUUGUGAUAGUUUACUUGUUCACACGUUGCAUGUGCAAAGAAUUGAGAGAGUUGGUUGCUAUGCUGGGCUACCAUGAUGUCGAUCGCCAACUCAUAUCAUCUCUUCGACUCUUCCCCA